CAAAGUGUUAUAUUUUGAUUGUCAGGUAGAGUGACGCAUACUCCCGUAAAAGAACUGAAUCGAAAUAGUAAUUAUUUCACCAUUUUACGCGUAAUUAGUGAAUAAUCGUGGCACAGCGUUAUUAAGUUAGCAUUUAUUAGGAUUAUUGAAUAUCAAACAUGAGUUUUCUGGGGAAACUCUUUGGUGGGAAGAAGGAGGAAAAAGGGCCAUCCACACAUGAAGCGAUACAGAAAUUACGUGAGACGGAGGAGUUAUUGCUUAAAAAACAAGACUUUCUAGAGAAAAAGAUCGAUAUUGAAAUACAGACGGCUAGGAAAAACGGCACGAAGAACAAGCGGGCUGCGAUCGCCGCGUUAAAACGCAAGAAGCGCUAUGAGAAACAGCUGACCCAGAUUGAUGGAACCCUCACACAGAUCGAAGCGCAGCGCGAGGCGUUAGAAGGAGCCAACACUAACGCUCAAGUACUCAACACUAUGCGUGAGGCUGCCAACGCUAUGAAACUCGCGCACAAGGAUAUUGACGUCGAUAAGGUUCACGAUAUAAUGGACGACAUCGCGGAACAGCACGACAUCUCGCGGGAGAUCACAGACGCGAUCAGCAACAACGUCGCCUUCCCCAACGAUAUCGACGAGGACGAACUCGAGAGGGAGUUGGAGGAACUUGAACAGGAGGACCUGGAUAAGGAGAUGCUGGGCAUCAACGUGCCGACAGACAAGCUGCCCGAUGUGCCCACCUCCGAGCUGGUCCACGACAAGCCCAAGCCCAGCAAGUCCAAGCAGACCGAGGAAGACGAAGAAUUGGCACAGCUGCAGUCGUGGGCUACAUAAUCUCGCAAUCUUCCGUUCAUAUAAGUUGUACGUUUGUGAUAUUUUCUAGGUAUUGUAUAGCUAAACGUCUUGUGUGAGAUGUUUAUUAAGAAAACUAAAAAAUAUAAUAAAAACAUCAAGGCGAUACUAUCUCUUAUUGACUUACGGUGCUUGUAAAAACUUUAGCUUAUUUUGAAGUCGGGUAAAAAUAUAACAUCCUGUAUAUGCUGGCAUAAAAAGUCUUCUUCCAUUAAUUAUGUGCCACUUAAAGGCGGGAUUGACAAAGGAUAUUGUUAUGUGAUUGUAAUAAUAUGAGUGGCAAAUAAAAUAUAUUUUCUUCAUGAAUACAAAGGCAGUAUGAAUGAUAUGAAACUUAAAUCUAAGUACAUAUAUAAAGUUACAUAGGACGAUGAAUCGUUAACUAAACUAUGGGAAGGCGUGUCGCGUAAUUAAAGGAUGAUCCCUAAAACUGCUUUGAAAAGCCAAGAUCCCUUAUCCAUUCGAAACACAAGGUAUAUAAAAUGUAGGUUUUUGAGAAAUUGUAUUGAAUAUCGAUUGAAUUUCUUGUAUCUUCAGUACAAAUUAAUUAUCCAAAAUGUCUCCAAAACCACUGCAGCCUGUAUAAUAUUUCCACAGUUUUUUAAUAAACAUCUCGCACAAGCAAUUGUAUAAAUAUGUAUUUAAAACACGUCACCUAGAUUUCGCUUACGUAUUUGAAUAAUAAAAAACAAAUGUUUACUCUGCCUUAUAAUAUACAAUUUUAAUAUUUAGUCAAAAUAUUGAUGGAUAAUAAGAGCAAGCGGUCGUACGAUUUUAACGUUUAUUUUUUCUACUAAAAUUACCGGUUCUAAAUCAAAAUGUUUGAUUCAUUCGUAUUUCUUGGAUAUUAAUUUGAAAUCAAAAAAGUUUUAUUUCAAGUAGGCCUAUUUCAAUCAUCAAAUGUGUGUGUUGUGUGGUCAAUCACCAUGUUGUGUGGUUCAAACAUGUCUUAGGCGCAAAGCACACCAAUCUGGCGACCGAUGACUCGGAACGAAACGACCGCCCGACGGUUACGCCGUAGGAUGUAUUCAAGAAUGUACCUUAUUACGGUGCUCUUAAGUGCGAGAUUUAUAUGAAACGACAAUACCCGCGCCAUGAUCUUCCCAGGCGCCAGAUUGGUGUGCUUUGAGCCCUACUUAAAUGUAUAUUUUUGUUUGAUUUAAACAUAUUUGAUCAUUUAUGCACUUGGUUUGAGACAAACAAGAUUGAAGGUCCCUUGUUGUCUAGUAAGGUAAUAUGGUCGAGAAUCUUCGUCUUUUUUCUAAAAAUCGUUAUAAGUUGUUUUUUUUGUAUGGCUUGGCUUCUUAUAAUUAUUUGAAAACUUACUAUCUAUCGUGCUUUCAAAAAGAAUUUAUGUUAAAUUUAUUAAGUUUAUUGAAGUUUGACGGGUGAAAUUCAAUUUUGACGGUUGAAACUGAUUUGAACUGUUGAAAUUUGAAAUUCAAUUUCAGAGCGCGAAAUCAAUGUCAAGUGUAAAAUCUCGUUUGGUUGUAAGUAUUUACUGUGUCACUUGUUAAUUUUUAAAUGAUUUCAUUAUUUCUAUUUAUACGAAAAAGUCGAUAUAUGUAUUUGAAUUUAAAAAUAUAUGGAAAUAUCCGUUGCGUGAGGUUUGGUGCAAAAUAACUGAGUGUAGUCAAGCAGAUACCUUUAUGACCCUCGAAAACAGAAUUUAAAGUAAUAGGCAUUAGGUGCAUAAUUAUUUGAAUUAGAAAUUUAGAGUCAAAUUUUGUACCGGCCUCAUUGCUCAUUCUCGUUUAGCAGUUGAUUAUACUUAUGGUGUGAACGUACCCUUAUAAAUACAAAGCCAAAACAGUUGAUUCUUAUCUUAUGAAUUUCUAAACAUGUUGUCUGUAUUAUGUUUUAGUUAAGUAUGUGAUAAUUAUAGAUUUGAGAAUAGGUUAACCAUUACAAACGCUAAAAAAAAUAUCAAAAGGGGAGCCAAAUUGAUAAAGCUUUUGUAUAUAUGAGUAUUCUUGAAAUAUUAGAUAACUAAGGCCCGAUUUUUCAAUCGUCAGAUAAUUUUAAUAUUAUACUUAUAAUAAAUAUGGCCGUUUGAAAUAUUUUCGAUGCAAAAGCUGUCAACACGUCAAACAUAUUGGUCGAAUAAAAGUUAUCUGGCGAUUGAAAAAUCGGCCCUUAAUAAUAAUAACUUCAAAAACAAAAAAACAAUGCUCAGAAGAUAAUGGUCACUCUAUUCUCUUACCUAUAUUUAUAAGAACCGCACUAUUCUUAGGGUUGCCAGUCGCGAAGGCUGUUGUGUAAAAACAUUUUUUUUUCAAUUAUUAAUUUACAAAAAUGUUCAUAAAAAGUUUGCACGAUGAAAGUACUGGUUGUAGCAAAAGUAUUGAUUUACAACUUUUGUUAUGCAUUAAUUGUUAAUCAGAACUAGGUUUAGAUCUAACUAUCUGAAGCGUACAUUUUUUUAAGCUGUAACAUUGGUUCGAUAAUAUAUUUUAUUUUAAGAAA